UCGGGGCGGGGAGAGCCACCCAGCCCCAAAUCCUGCUGAGAUCACCCCGUCCCUAGGAGGGGGAGAAGGCAAGCAGCAGCCCCAGCCAGAGGCAGGCUUGUUUUCUGGAGCCCUCCUCUUGAAAUCAAGGCGCGGAGACAACAACAAGCUAGCCUGUCUCCCGCCCUGCACUACCCCAGGGAUUUGUGGCGGAGGGGCUAUUUGGGACAGCAUGGAGGUGGCAGCGCUGUGAGCAUCCUCCCGGACUUCUCUGCCAUAGGGGGCUGCAGCAGCUGGCUGUGGGUGGAGGACAGGUGAAGCCCCUCCCUAAGGAAAUUGGUGGGGAUAGGGGGUGCUGUAGCAGGGGGCAGCCUGUGAGGGGCAGGAGGCUGUGCGGUUCAGGGUGAGGGCAGGAGGUUGCUGGACGGUGGGAUCUCCUGGAAGGGGCUCCAUCCCCUGAACAGGAGGUUUCCUGGAGCAGCCUCAAAGGCACGGGAGAACAGGCAGCAGCCGGCUGCAGCAGCAGCGGAGGAGGAGGAGGAGGAGGAGGAGGAGGGAGCAGCACCAUGACUCAUUUGCAGGCAGGUCUGUCCCCGGAGACGCUGGAGAAAGCCCGGCUGGAGCUGAACGAGAACCCAGACACGCUGCACCAGGACAUCCAGGAGGUGCGGGACAUGGUGAUCACGCGGCCAGACAUUGGCUUCCUCCGCACAGACGAUGCUUUCAUCCUGCGGUUCCUACGGGCCAGGAAGUUCCAGCACUUUGAGGCGUUCCGCCUGCUGGCCCAGUACUUUGAGUACCGCCAGCAGAACCUGGACAUGUUCAAGAGCUUCAAGGCCACCGACCCAGGCAUCAAGCAGGCACUCAAGGAUGGCUUCCCUGGUGGGCUUGCGAAUCUCGACCACUAUGGCAGGAAGAUCCUGGUCCUCUUCGCUGCCAACUGGGACCAGAGCAGGUACACGUUAGUGGAUAUUUUGCGUGCCAUCCUUCUUUCUUUGGAAGCCAUGAUUGAAGACCCCGAGCUUCAAGUGAAUGGAUUUGUUUUGAUUAUAGACUGGAGUAACUUCACUUUCAAGCAGGCCUCCAAACUUACACCAAGCAUGCUGAGAUUAGCUAUAGAGGGUCUUCAGGACAGCUUUCCAGCUCGGUUUGGAGGAAUUCAUUUCGUCAAUCAACCAUGGUAUAUCCACGCCCUCUACACAGUUAUACGACCCUUUCUAAAGGAGAAAACACGAAAAAGGAUAUUUCUUCAUGGAAAUAACCUCAACAGUCUACAUCAACUGAUUCAUCCUGAGAUCCUACCUUCUGAGUUUGGAGGAAUGUUGCCACCAUAUGACAUGGGGACAUGGGCCAGAACACUGCUAGACCAUGAAUAUGAUGAUGACAGUGAAUUCAGUGCAGAUUCCUACAACACUUCCUCGAAAGACACAGAAAAGGACCUCUCUCCCAAAUCCAUGAAGAGGUCUCAGUCAGUCGUGGAUCCUGGGGUUCUAAAACGUAUGGAUAAAAAUGAGGAAGAAAACAUGCAGCCUUUGCUUUCACUUGACUAACAGCUCCUGAGCAUCAAUUGUGAACUGAGGUGGAAGGUACUGCCUUUCAGCAACAAGUAGAAUUUUGGGAUGGAACGUACCAGCUAGAAAUCUAUUUAUUCACGUUAAUGUAGCAUAAUGUUAUCAGGCAGCAGGUUUUGCUGGUCUGCCUGAAACAUGGGUGCCCUGGAACGAAAAGGAAAACAAAAAUCAAUAAUUUAUUCUGUAAGUGCCAACUUGUUUGUAAAUACAAUGUAAUCUUCUGCUUUGAAUUUGUAAAUCAUCGUAAGCAAGCAGAAUGGAAAAGUGACUAUUAAAAUGUCUCAGUGAAUGCACUAUAAAAAGGUGAAAAUUGCAUACACAGAAAGAGUAAGCAGAAACAUCAAGCCUACUAAGUUUUGUCCUUUUUCAAGGAAGCCAUAUUGCAGCUGCCCUACGACUGCUUUUUUUCCCCCUCAAUGACGGUUGUAUAGUGUUCAAAGGUAAAGCGGGAACAUAAGAACUUGGAAGGAUUGGUGUAAGCAGUAGUUUCCUAACAGUAGGAAUUGAUUUCACAAAUAACUUUGUGGCUUGGACCGUGACUUGGCAUAAGUAAUGGAGCAUUGAGAAAAGAGGUGACAGACAAGCGGGAAACCACAUUUUUCUACUGUUUGGCUGGAAGAUUUUGGAGGUUGCUUUACCUUUACUUUUUCAAGCAAGGUUUGGGUUUGAAAGCUGCUUGACUCAUUAUCCUAAGCUGGGGUUUACAGUGCGUGCCAUAGCAAAAUCACUUCUAUUGCAUAUGGGGUGUACUUCAAGAAUUUUUCCUAACUCUCUGCUCCCUUGAAAUGAGAACAUAUUUAUCCAAAAACAGUGUAAUAACCAGUAUUUUGAAUAUAAAGAGAAGCAUCAGCAGGUUAAGGGUUAAUUUCUCAAUCCUGUGCACUGGGCGACUGAAUACAUAUAUAUAUUUUUACCAAUCUCUUACAAACAUAUGAAGUGACAUUAUUAGAUGAGUAUAUUUAAUCAAGGGUUUAUAAAAACAAAAGCAUACCUAUUCAAUGUACUUAGAUAUAUUAUAGAUUGUAUAUUGAGGCAAUGUCAUCAUUAAUGUAGUAAAACUUUCUGUAUAGCGUCCCACUUCAGACGAGGAUUAAUAUGAAUAAGUUGUGGUCAGACAUCGCCACCUAUGUGUUUAAGCCACCUUUGUUUUGGUUGUGGUGUAACUGUAUAUAUAGAACACGUGCCAUAAUGGAGAAAUAUGUUUUACCUCAAAAAAAUAACAGGUCUCGAUACAGACUGGACAAAAUCAUCUGGAAUUUGGGGGCUAUAUUUUCACCUAUGAUGUAUACUUGUGUAUGUUCAGUUCAUCGUGCGUAAAGGCAGGAAUUUGCCUGUGAAAUUGCCAGACAUCUUCUAUCAGUAUUUGACACUGCUAUCAAACCAGAAUAGGAAGACAUGGGAUAUUCAAGACAAUAGUAAUGAAGAGUAGAGAUCUAGUAGGAACAUACCAGAGUCAGUCAGGAAACAAGUAAGUGUACUCUAAGAGCUGCCUGGAACCUGGGAUAAAUCAUGUAAAACCCAUAGAAAUCCAAUAAUUGGGAGUCUAUGGGGGCAUCUACAUGAGACACUUACUGUAGAGUUGCCUAAUUAGCUUCAAAUGUAAAGCAUCUCCAUCUAUAUGUGUAGAACUAUUAGGCCAGAGUAAAUUAAUUAACUCCGCCCUAGGUUAGUACUGCCCAAUACAAGUACUAUCCUAUGGUGCAGUUAUUUACUCUGCCACAACGCAUGGGUAAACUGCGACUGGGGUUGGCCAGGCCAUGAGGGUGCUACAGUGUGGGGCUGCCUGCUGGCUAGCCCCACACUGUAGCACCCUUGUGCCCCAGCCAAUCCCUCUGCAGCAUGUUGAGCCUCCUGGGGAUCCCUGCCAGCCAGAGCUGUGCUGCAUGCUGCAGUCCUGGGCACACGUGUAAAUAAACUUCAGCAUGAAUUGCACCAGAGCUUAUUCAGCUGUGCUAAUUUCAUGUGUAGAUGCACCUUGUGAGAAUCAAAGAAGUUGUUUCACUGCAGCAAUUACUUUUCUAAUGUUAAACUCAAAGACACCAUUCACAGCUUAGCAGCCAUCUCCAGUGAUGACUCUAAUGUUGAGAAGUAAUAUCAAAUUUUGGAAGAGAAAUCCUGUGGGAGACUCUCAUAGACUUUAGCUGUACAUAAUAUUACAGCAAUUUUAGUAGUGUCAACAGUCAGAAGGCCCUGUUGCCUCUUCUAGGAAACCACAUUUAGCCACCUGACCAGCACACAGAAAGCCAGAAAUACAGCUUUAAUACUUACUUAUUGAUUAAUUGGUCAGGCUGCUGAAUGCUGUAUGCCAGCACUUAGUGCCUCCAUAUGUGGUCAUAUUCUUGGAAUGGUUUUGAACAAAUCAUUGUAUUUCUGCACUCUUAAAUAUUCUCUUACCAUGAAAAUAUAGUUAUGAAAUGAAUAAUAUGCAGGGGUCUCUGUCUGAAAAGUGUUGCUCAAAGACAGCUCCAACAGAAGUAGAUGAGAAAUGGGGAUACAUCCACCUUUGAAAUUUGGGCCACAGCUUUUAUAUGAGCUUCUUUCCAGUGAAAGAAACCAUUGAAAUAGCAAUUGUUAUCCUUUAAGAGACUUUGAAGCAGAGUUAUGAAUGGUCUUCUAUUAUUUUAUGAAGCUCUUUGAUGAUCAGUGUAACAUUAUGAUAUACAUAUAUAUGGAUGCAAAUUGUAUAAUUAUAUAAUGUACUUUUAUAUAUAUACAAGUUGCAUCCUUAGAGUUCAUAUCUAUGCCCAGAUCUGGAGGUAUGCCAUACAUACCUAGCACUCAUAUGGUCAGCAGUAUGGCUUUUUUUUUAAUCUAUUCAGAUUUUGAGAUCCUUACUCUUACAGAUAAAUCUCUUUAAAAAGUUUCAAGAUUUUAUUCAGAGUUAAUAUACUCCAUAUUUUAAGCGUAAGUAAACAUAUUGAGGAUUGAAUAUUGAUGGAUGCUUUUUGGGAGAGACAGGGCCUGGUCAUGGUGUAACUCAGCAUAUCAGCAUUGAUUUCAGUUCAUACCAGCCAAAUAUCAAGCCCAUCAUGUCUUGGGAGAUCCAGAAAUGAGACUGGUUGACCCAAAUCUCAAUGAAGCUUCAUGAUAGAAAAUUACAUAUGUAUUUUUUUAAACUUCUGUGCACCAACUGGCUAAUUUGUUUUGUUCUGGAAUUCCUUACAGUAUCAGUGUAAUUGCAACUUUAUAUAGUAUGUUUUGAUUGAGACUUUACACUAAUGAGCAUUAAUAUAAUCUAUUUCAGAUAGUGAAAGUAGACUAUAUUAGAAUGUGUUUAUAACCAAGACCUUAUCCUUUAUGAAGAAGCAAGCUACCAGCAUUUUUUCCGGGAGAGUCUCAUUACUGAGGAACUGGGAUUUGGUACAUUUUGGUUGAAGCUGAUGCCUACCUGGAGCUGUUUCACGCAGCAGGAGCAAACAUUUCUCUGAUUGAAAAAGAACCUGAAGAUAGAGAAGAGAAAUAAACGACUUUAUUUAAUUUUGUCUGUAUUUUUUUGCAAACCAUUCUGUUACCUAGUUAGGAUGUAUGAAAAAGUAUCUGUCAGCUUCUUUUUUUUAAUCAAAGUCAUGCUUUAGCAAGCAGAAAUCAGUCAGAUCUUGUUUAUAGAUAGGCUUAUUAUGUAAGACCUGAAUUUUGGACUCAUAAUGGUUCUUUAUCUUCAUUAUUAUAGAAUACAGAGGUUUAGGUUUUGGUAUAUAUCUGGGGUAUUAAAGGCAGAGUGCAUCUUUAAACAUGGGUAGGAAAAUCCUGUGUUCCUAGCUAUUUGUUUUUAGGACCCUUUAGGUUUUAGGUCCCAUAUUACACUGAAAUCUGGUUAAUUGGUCACUGGGUAACUUGUUAUUAUUGUCUUAUUAAAUAGCACACAAUUCCCUGCCAGAGUUUCAUUGAUUUAUGCAGAAAAUACUUUGGCUAAAUCAUCAUCUGUGAACGCAUAAUUAGUCAUUUCCAAAUGUACAUCACAAUGUACAUCAAAUCACAAUGAAAAUCUGCUCCUGAUAAUUAAGCAGCUUAAAAGGUACUGACCUAUGCCUUCCAUAGCAUAUGUCAAGCCUAGUGAUGCUUACAAAGCAUUGGAUACUCUUCAACAUUUCUUGGUUUGACAACCUGUAGACAAUCAACAGUUCCAUUUUACCAAACUGUCUUCUACUUUGGUAAUGAGUGCAUGUAAGCGUGCAAAGCAAAAACCUUCAUGUGAUUAUUUUACUUCCUCAUAAUCAUGUAAUAAUUAUAUAAAUGACAUUCUGAAUUGCAGUAAGAAACAGUACAUUAAGCAUUUAUCUAUAUAAUAAUGCAGUUCUUGUAUAGUAAGCCAUAGUGUAUAUAAUUUGCACUUGGAAUGUUUGUAAUAUAGUUUCCCUUCAUUACAAAUGUCUAAACCAUUCUUAAAUGGGUCUUAAUGUGGCAUGAAAAAUACAUCUAAAAAUUUGAAAAUGGCUACUAUUAAGGAUUAGUCAUUCAUGAAUAGUUAGUCAUUGUUACCAAUCCCCUAGGAGUGAUGAAUUAACCAGAUUUUGCUGGGGGAGGGGAGGGUUAUCAAAACUAUCUUUUGAUCUGAGGUAUUGGACAAAAGUAAUAAAUGCAGCCAAACAGACAAUUAAGUAGAAAGCAAAAAUGUUUUUUAAAGAGUUAUACUUUUAGGUCUUGGGAAAGUCUUAAAAUGUCCCUUGAAGUUAUAUUUCUCUGAAUAAAACAGAUACUUUUUUUGAAGUACUGAGAAUCAUAAAAUCUUUAUGCUCUGAUGGCCUGAUCCAGAAUCCAGUGGAGACCCAGAGUGGAUAAAAAUCAGUGAUUAAAAAAAAUGGAUUUUAAAAAUUUAAAUCAGAUUUUUAAAUUUAAUCAUAUUUUUAAUAUUUUGUUAAGAUGCUUUUAAAAAUAAACUUAUAUAAAGAUAGUUUUAAGUUAAGGUACAUUAAAGCUCAAAUUAUAUCAUCAUGGAAUAGGGAUUAUAACUUCUAAUUAUAUACUAUUUGAGACAAUAUAUUCAUGUAACCUUUUUAAAAGUUUUAUAAAUAGGUCACAACAGGCCAUGGACUAGUGUUGUUAUUGGGUUCCCAAAGGCUCCUUUAUAGAUUAGCAAAGAUUAAAGAAAACUACUCUACCCAAUGGGACUCAGUGCUCAGUCUAGAAGAUCACAUUAAGCAUCUCUGUGAUGCUUAGUUUCAGUUCUCAAAUUGUGGAUUUGUGUCUCCAGAGAUCGUAGGCAGACAAGAUUCUUUGGGUAGAUGUGAUAUCUUUUAUUAGACCAACUAAAUAGUUGGAAAAAUUGUUCUUUGCCAGCUUUCAGGCACAAAUGCCCUUCAAGCCUAGGGAGAGUUUGUUGUCUCCAGAAAUAACAUCCUUGUUAACAGCAGUAUAUGGAAAUGAGAGAUAACAGACCUGAUUACCUACCCAUCAGCCCUAUUGUCUCUCUGCAAGUUUGUGUACACACAAUCAAGCACUUACCUUCCUCUAAAAGUGCAAAGUUUCAAGAAGCUAAAUGAAUAAAACGGGUCAGUGUGCCCAAAACACCCACAGCUUCAACUUGUAAGAUGUUAGUGUGCCAGGCAUAAAUGAUGGGGGAGCCAUGAGGGGCUCAGUCCUUGCUGUUGCCGUGUAGCCCCGGCCCCUUCCCCACCAUCCACCCAGAGGCACAUGUGCCAAGCAAAAUGCCUUUGAGUGCCAUACUCUGGCACCCGUGCCACGGGUUGCCUACCCCUGGAAUAAAAUAUAUCAAACAGCUGCCUUUUUGCCCUAGGCAGAGGAAGGCUGCAGCUAACAGGAUUUAGCACCCCCCAACUUUUUGCGGCAGCUGGUGACAGCAGCAGCACCAUGUAGCCACUGUGCCGCAGCUUGGUGUGCAACUGCUCCUCCUGGCACCGCUUGGCAUGCAGCUUCUCCUCCACUGCCACAUACAGCACCAGCACACACCGGCCCCGCAACCGCCCUUUGGGAGGGAGGGGCAGGGGUCAGGUGGGGCUUAGCCCCCUCAAAUAAUAUUUCCCUCCACCACUUAUGCUUUUUGUAGAAUACAAUAAUUAAAUCAAGGCUUCCUGACCAAUAAUUUAAAUCAUGAUUUAAAACAUGAUUUAAAUCAACAAAUCCACCCUCUGGAGACCAUAAUCUGUUGGCCUCAUUGGGCAUUGGAUUGGGUCCCAGUGACCUUCAAUGGAAACCAAAAUUUAUGUGAACUCACAAGAGAGGAUGACAUAGUUUUAACCUCAGUUUUAUCCCAGAGGGAGAAACUUCCUUGUGCAGCCUAUAAAUUGUUUUAGACUCCAAUGAACAUAUUGUGCCUGUUCACAAAAGAAACUAUUUCAAAAGUAAGUAAACUAAACAUGCUGAGGGGCAUAUUAACUUUAAUAGUAUGCCUCUAAAAGAAUUAACUCCUCAUUGUGCAUGAAGAGAUGCCCCUCUAUAUUAUUUACUUAUAAUCUCAAAAAACCUGUACAGUCCUUUUUAUUUCUGUGUCUUCUUUCUAUAUUCUGUGUUCUAUAUUAGGAAUUUAAAAGUUUCCAAAUCUGAGAACAAACAAGCAAAAUACUGGGGACACAAAAAUCAAAGUGAUCUAUCUGCUACGUUAUCUUCUGCUCUUUUGGUACCAACAUUUUUACAAGAUAUUGGGAAAGGCCAUGUUUGAGGAAGUAGGAGAGAAAAAAAACCUUAAAUCAAUCUUUUAAGCUUAGGUAUGUUGGAAAGAAACUGAAGAGAAGGCAUUCAUAUAUAGUAAAGUCAUAGAAUCAUAGAAAGCUAGGGUUGGAAGGGACCUCAGGGGGUAAACUAGUCCAAGUCCUACUUGCUGAAAGCAGGACCAUCCCCUGUCAUCCCAGCCAAGACUUUAUCUACCCAGGUAUUAAAAGCCUCUAAGGAUAGAGAUGCCACAACCUCUCUAUAUAGCCUGUUCCAGAGCUUUACUACCCUCCUAUUGAGAACGUUUUUCCUAAUAUCUAACCUAAACUUUCUUUGCGGUAACUUGAGGACAUUUUUUUUUGUUCUGUCAUCUGCCACGCUGAGCCUAGCUCCAUCCUCUUUGUGACCAUUUUUCAGGUAGUUGAAGAAUGCUAUUAAAUCCUGACUCAGGCUUUUCUUCUCCAAACUAAAUAAGGCCAGAUCCCUCAGCCUGUUCUCAGAAAUCAUGUGCCCCAGCCCUCUGAACAUUUUUGUUGCCUUCCACUGGGCUCUCUCCAAUUUGUCCACAUCCUUUCUGUAGUGAGGUGCUCAAAAUUGGACACAGAGCUCCAGAUGUGGCCUCAGCAGUGCCAAACAGAGGGGAAUAAUCAUUUCCCUAGAUCAACUAGCAACGCUUCUACUAAUACAGCCUAGUAUGCUGUUAGCCUUCUUUACAACAGGGACACACCGUUUGCUCAUAUUCAGCUUACUGUAACCUCCAGGUCCUUUUCUGCAGAGCUGCUGUUUAGCCAGUCAGUACCCAGCCUGUACUGGUGAAUGGGAUUAUUCUGUCCGAAGUGCAGGACUUUGCAUUUCUCCUUACUAAACUUAAUGAGAUUUCUUGUGUUCCAAUCCUACAAUUUGUCUAGGUCUCUCUGAAUCCUAGUCCUACCCUCAGGCAUAUCUACUACUCCACCCAACUUGGUGUCAUCCGCAAACUUUCUGUAUAUGAGGGUAUAUUUCAUCCCAUCUUCCAGAUCGUUGAAAAAGUUAUUCAACAAACCAGCCCCAGGACCAACCCCUGGGGCUCUCCGCUUGAUACUGGCUGCCAACAAGACAUUGAGUCAUUGAUUGCUAUCCUUUGAGCCUGAUGAUCCAGAGAGUUUUCUAUCGACCUUACAGUCCGUUAAUCCAACCUGUACUUCUUCAGUUUGCUUGUGAGAAUGGUGUAGGAGACCGUAUCUAAAUCCUUGCUAAAAUCAAAGUGUAUCACGUCCACUGCUUUUCCCACAACCACAGAGCCAGUCAUCUUACCAUAGGAGGCAAUCAGGUUGGUCAGGCAUGACUUACCCUUGCUGAAUCCAUACUGACUCAUAAUUUCCUAUAUAGUAGGGAUGAUGUUUUGAUCCAUCUAGAUCCUUGCAUCAGUGCCUGAGAAUAUUUUAUAGCUGCCCAUAUUUUUGUUGUUUGAACAAACUCUAGUGGUUGACUCAUAAAGAUGUCUAAGAUUUUUGUAGAACUGUCUAAACAUUCUAGCUUGACACUUUUCCAAAUCAGAGAUGACCUGCAUAUCAAAAUUCCUUGAGCUAGGCAUACACAUGCACACAUGCUGCUGUAGAAAUGGAAAAAAAAACCCAUAUCCAAAAAUAAUUUUACUGAUUUACCCCUGACCUUUGCUUUGACAAGCCCUUGCCUGGGAUCAAUAGCUAACAUAUUAGCUUUGAGCUACCUUCAAGACAGGAUUUCAAGAUCUUAAUUGCCCAAGGAAAUGUUCAUAUCAGUUGCUAGCAUCCUGAUCAAUUUUCUUCAUGGGGGUUUACAAUCACCUGGGAGUUAAUAAUCACAAAAUUUUACUGGUCCUUGUUGCUGCUGGAUUUUUAUCACAUUGCUCAUUAUAGAAAUAUGUUAUUUUUGAAAGUAUAUUUUAUAAUAAGAGGUGUUGAGGCACAUUUGACUCUCAGGUCACAGUCUUUCAUUACAUUUGGCCUUUCAUGAUCCAGUGCUAUUUAUUUCUUGGGAAUAAACUGGUUUAAUUUGUAUAAGGAUGAUUUUUUGGAGGAUAAGAAUGAAACAGAAGUUGCUAUUAUAGUGAGGUUCUGAAUCAUUUUAUACUGUUGGGAAUGUUUACUGUUUUGCAUGGAGUUGUCACUUAAACUGAUGCUCAGUCUAAAAUGGGAUGGAACAAUUAUGUACAAGAAAGAGAAAUACAUGCAGUGAGGGAGCUCAGAGGGAAAGAUGUGACUUGUAAUUAUACUCUGCAGUUAGCAGUUAAACUGUGUUAAAAUAAAACCAAGGUAUUUUACCUAUCAAAGUCCUUUUGUUAGCAAUGCUUGAUCCAGUGACUAGUAAGACCUAUAAUUGCUCUAUUGUGUUAGUGCCAAAAUGGAUUAAAGGAACAUGAAUUAGAAAGUUUCAGAAUCAUUCAGUCACAAUAAGACUUCUCUAGAAACUUAUAACAGAGCUUAUAUUUACUGUUAGCAGAGGAUUUACUUUAAAACAAGACAGACCAGAGAACAGAUGACUGCAUUUCAUUGCAUUCACAUUUGAUAUGGAAAUGCUGCUACAUUUCCAAAAAGAAAUUGUUAUAUCAUCAGCAAUUCUCUGUACUGCCCAAAGGCUAGGAUAUGAAAUCAGGUCCCUUGGUUAAUAAAAAAGAGAUGAGAAUAGAUCAUGCAUAAGUUAAAUUAAAAUAAAAAGUAGCAGCAGACCCACAAUUUCUGCAAGAUGGAUUUAAAAAUGCUGUAUAGAAACAUUCAGGGGUUUGAGGAAUUAACACCUCCAAUAAAUAGCUUGUAGCAGAACUGGAUGUUUUGCAGAGUUAGGUUUCUAAUCCUUUUGUGAGUUCCUCAUGGAUUUGUGAAGUACCAGCCAGCAGUGUGGGACUGCUGAGGUGUCCCAGCUUUUUGCUGAGGCUUUAUGUCAAAGGGUACCACUUUGUGCUCUAGUUGAGUGAAAAAGCAGUGCCCUUUGGAGUCAGAGCGCAGCAAUCUGCUGUAUGACUUGUCCUUCACUUGGCAACCUGCUGUGAAUUAAGUGGGUUGUGACCAUCCUGAUGUUAAAACUUUAGGUUCUACUCUUAACUUUUCUUCUGCCUCUUGCCCUCAGUCCUGAACAGUGGAGUUAGCAUGUUGCACCCUUUCUGCUUGGUGCAGGACUGAUGGAAUGCCCCAAACCUGGAGAAAAUGAUUUUGUUCCAUACAAAAUAUGUAUCAUUCUGCGGUGGUAAUGGGCUUCUCACCUGCCAAGGGUAUUCCUAUUCCUUUUUUCCAGGGGUAAAUUUGCAUUUUAUCAAGUGAGCACCAGGGUGCAGAAACACCAUGGUGGAGGAGGUGUGUGGAGAAAGGCACAGGGAAACACUGGCUCUGUUGCGGGGCUCAGGCAUGGGGAAGCAGGUGGCAGGGAGGGCUAGGGCUGCUCCUUGCCAUUGCUUUCCCCACGGUGCAGGAGGGGUGGUGGUGGCAGAUUUAAGAGGCAACUCAAACAAUUAGAUUCCAUACAUGGGAAAUUAUAACAAAUAUAUACAGUUUCCAUGUAUGGAAUCUAAUUAGUGGGGGGUUAUCUUAAAUCCAAAGUCAUCUUGGAUUUGAGUAAUUACAUCCUUGCUUGUUUGGCAGCUGCAUUUCAGAGCUUAUUCAGGGAAGGGAAGCAAGGACUCACAUGCCAUCACAGACAAAAGCCAGUUCUAGGGAAAGAAGAACCAAUCAUAUUAGUGUGGUGAAGAGGCCUUUCUUUCCCUGCAGGGGAAGGAUAUUUCUUCCUGCAAGCCCUGCUGCACCCCUGUGGCAAGUCUACUGCAAACUACCUUUCCCUCUGUGAAACACAAUGCUCUAUUUUAUAUAUUUUUAUUUGAUCCUUAUCUAUCUAUUGAAUAAAUGUAUCCUUCUCUUCUCUCUCUGUUGGGAUGUUAUCAAAACAUUUAUGUAGUCUUUGGAGCAGAGCGAACAACUGGUCCUGAGAUUCAGAUGUAAAGCUGAAGAACUUGUUACCAGCUUGCCUAGUUUGCCUUGAAAUCAGUACCUGGAACUACUCCUUUUGGAAGACAGAAAAUAUGUAUGAUGUGAAAAUGGUCCCUGAACAUGUAGAAAAGUGUCUUGUAGUAAUUUCUGCAUCAUUUAAGUAACACCCGACAAUCUGUCUCCUGUGUCUUUAGGCAGCUCUGUAGGUGACAUUAAUAGUAGCCAUUAGUCACUCAGAUUCCAGAUGAUUUAAAGGAACACUUAACUGUCUGAAAAUGUAUUAUCUAUGGUUGUCACAGGGAAAGCCCAAGAUUACUAUAACUUAAAUUGGUAACAAGGGAAAGUACGUUCUUUAUGGAGUGUGGGUGUGUGAUCUCUACCUUUUCGUAUAAUCAUUUUCACUUUUGUUUGCAUAUAUGAUUUUCCCUGAGGUUAAUGUGGAUCUUUCAACACAACCACUAGGAAAGAAAAAUAAUUUAAAUAGUAGGAAAAUGGAAUUGCAAAUAUUACAAUUGGCAAGGAGCUAAUCAUAAUACCGAAAACUAUUUUAAAGUAUUUUUUCAACUGACUAGAUUUCAAAUUAAUGGUGUCUGUUCUAAUUCAGUUGGCUUUCCUGCUCUGUCAUUCUGGGGAUUUAAUUAUAAAGGAGAUCCUGAAACCUCUUGUGAAGUCUGUGUCUUUUCUUUUUUCUGCCCCAUGAAUUCCCACACCUUAUCUUCUCAACUGUAUUUCCUUCAGUGGGUAACUGCAGAAAGACUGUAUAGACCACUGAUUAUCUGCAGAUGAUAGCUUGUGAAUCCCUAUUUUAAAUGUUUUCCUUAGGUAAACCUAUGGUAACAGGGUCAAUUGGUAAGUUAGAACAACAGCUGACCUCAUCUGGAGAGGAAUGCAAGAAAAAGAUUCUGACUAAGUUUCACUAAGGCUCUAGUGUUCUGUACUACUUGAGUGGCAGUAACCAUUAAAUACAUUUUUGUCAUGCAGCAAUCUCCUGUGGAGCCUUACAAAAAAUACUACACCACCAUAUAAAUAUUAAAUUACUAGAGAAAUUUAUAAAUAGUGCUUGUAUCCUCAGGAUAACUUUUGUUUGUUUCAUAAUCUAGAAUUACCGGGACUCAGGGGGCCUGAGAUUUGUAAACCAGGACAAGACUAUUGAUCAUGUUCUCUCUAUAUCAUUUUAAGUAGCUAUUCUCUUCUCACAAAAUGUUGUCCAAUUUGAAUGUCAUUCCUGGACCUUAGUAAAAUUCAAUCUGUUGUUACAUUCCUCAAAUUUGAAGAUUUAACAACUUUGUGAAACAUAUCACUGUUUAUAUUGUAUAUUUAAAUGUCAUCAGUUCUCUGUAAUCAAUGGGCUAUUUUGGAAAGAGUACCACUACUUCAAAGUAUUGCCAGUUACUGAGGAAGAAUGAUCUUCUGUCAAAUAAAAUAUGACCAAAUGCAAAUUAAAAUACAUAUUUUUUUUUGUA